AUGGAUCUAGAUAACAACUACAUUAAGAACAUAUGGAGCCUGGCGUCAAGCAUCAAAGAAAGAUUUCCAGGUUCAAAAAUCGGAGUAUCAAGCAUCGCAGUAGGACAUGAUGCUGACCUAACCGACCGAAUCUCUGCGGUUAAUAAACAGCUUCAAGAGUUAUGCGUCAAGAACGGUUUUGACUUUAUUAACAAUAGCAAUGUGGAUAACACAUGCUUAAACGGAAGCCAAUUACACCUUAACGCCAAGGGUCUGCCUUCUUGGCAACGAACUUCAUUAAGUUUUUACGAGGAAACAACGCAAACGUAA